AUGAAGCUUCUUCCUCUGUUUUUCCUUGCAAUGGUCAUGCUCAACGCUUGCACUGCGGCGCAUCACAAGGCAGAAUUAGUUCACAAAGUGAAGGUGGGGACAGCGGAGGGGACGUCAGUCGACAAUCACCAUGCGAUACCAAGGCCCGAUUAUGAUAGCUGGAGCAGCCCUGGAAACAUGCCGGGAAGUGGCCAUGACGUUGGGAGUGAAGAUGCUAAGCCAUGA